GUCUCUGUCCAAAUGCGCUUAUUCAGUUGCACCUGAACAAUCGGUGACUUACAACGUUUCUUUGGCUUAUCUCCGGUGGAAUCAUUAGUGAGGUUUCGGGGGGAAAAAGAAAAUAAACGGGAGUUGUCGGUGUGCCUGAUGAGAUAGAACGUUUCGGUUUAAAAUAAAACAAACUAUUGCAAUUGGCUGAAGGAAAAGGAGUCCAGAAAAUGUUCGAUACUUUCGCAAAUGCGUCAAUAGAACUGAGUGAUGCUAUUUACUCGAAGCCCUUUCUUCAGGAUCAAUGGGACCGCCUGCUUGACGUUAUCGGCGAUGAUCCAGAGACUCUCUACGUUUGGUUCUUAUCGGUAUGGUCGUACAGCUUGUUCUGGAUCAUCGGUGGCUUUUUCGCGUACAUGGACCUCACCAAUAGGCCGGUCUGCCUACGCAAAUACAAAAACCAGCCCGGAACACACGAGCCUUUGCAGUGGAACGAACUGAAACCCGUGGUCAAAACAGCUUUAAUCAACCAAAUCGUGUACGGCAUUCCAGCAACGUACACCACGUUUCACAUUCGGAAAUGGAUAACAGGUGACUUGCCGGACAUGCGGCAGUUACCAUCCCUAGAAGUUUUCAUCCGAGACAUGGUCAUAUCGAUCGUCCUGUGGGAAAUUGCAUUCUACUACACGCAUCGAUUGCUGCAUGCUAACUUCUGGUACAAGUACAUCCACAAGAAGCACCACGAAUGGCCAGCGCCGAUCGCAUGGUCUGCCAUUUACGCCCAUCCCUUCGACUUCAUCCUCAGCGAUCUGAUUCCGGUGUAUGCCGGACCUGCUCUGAUGACGAGCCAUCCUGCCACCGUGGCCGUGUGGCUGGUGUUUGUCAUGGUAGAUACCCUAGUGGAUCACUGCGGAUAUCACUUGCCGUUCCUGGGAAGCUCCGAGCAGCACGAUUAUCAUCAUUUGAAAUUCAACCAGUGCUACGGAAACUACGGCUGGUGGGACACGCUGCACGGCACGAACGACGAAUUCCGCAAGAGGAAGCAAUACCUUCGCAACAAGAGAAUAUUCUCUCUGAAAUCAGCCCGCGAAUUGAUUCCAGAAGACGAUUAGACAUCAGUUGGGAUGGGGCACCGCACCGGACAAACACAAGAGGAUAAUAUUAGCUUACGAUAAGCCGGUUCUGAUUAGUGAUUACGAACCUCAUACUGCUCAGUGCAUUAUGCACGUAAGCGUUUGAGCGUCGAUUUAUCAGUCAGCCGGAAGGAAACAAGCAACUUUGCAUUAGAAGUCUCGCGCAGGGUGUGAUAGGGGAUCCCCAGCAUGUGAAAUCGAAAUUCCAGUUUUACCAGACAGUUUGGUUCAUUCCAAAUGUAUCUAGUGAAUACAAAAUCAUCCGAUUCGUUUUGUCAUCACAUUUACACACGAUACACAUGCUUGAAUUUAGAAACAAGUACAAUAAGACCACCAUCAUUUUCUUUAUGAACCGGAGUUAUGAUCGUACACUAGAGUUAAGGUAAUUUUAGUAAAAUAAAUAGGUUUACUUAUGAAAAUGACAGACUACAUGAAACUAAACUAAACAUUUAAUCAAAACUGUCAUCAUGAAGAAAUGUCUCGCAACAAGAAUGUUAAUGAUAAAUUUGAGUUCACUCUAAACAAGCUACUUAGUCACGCAGUUUAGGGUGACUCAUGUUAUCAUUCACAACCAGCAUAAUAUAUUAAUUUCAAAGAGUUACAUACAUAGUUCAAUACAAAUAAUACAAAUAAUACUUUAAAUGUUUAGAUAUGCUCACGGAUUAAUGUAUUGUUGACCUACGUAAAGAGUCUGCGCCAUUUCACAGUAGCUAUCUGAUAAAAAUAGUAAGCAUAUAGCAAUAGCGAUUAUCACACAAUGUAUGCCCUGAGGAAGACCAUAAUCACAACAAAACCAGAAAGCACAAACGAGUUUUAACUCGAGAGAUUGCAUUCAUAUAGCCUAAGAUUCACUUACCUGCGCAAUUGAAUAUACAGAUGGAUAUAAAUACUUGCGAAACGAUUAAAUUUAGGAACAAGUCUAGACGGAAAGUUAUUUCAAAGUUGUAAAGUAACUUCCAGUAGGAUCGAUAACAGCAUUGACAUGCUUCAAUAAAUGUUCAGUUUGAAACAAAUAUAUCUACGUCGUUUCUAUUUUAAGUCAGAGUGUGACAAAAAUUACUUGCGUCUAAUGUACUUACUAAUGCAUCAAUUGUGGGAGUAUCAAAUCAUCCCAGUUCUUUGAACCCAUAUGGC